CUACAACAGGGAACUCAACUUAACCGACGGAAGACUCCAUAGCUGCGCAUUCAGAAAUUCAAGCAAAUGAACCGAUCACAAAGAGCAACAUAGCUGCGCAUUCCUAGCCCAUAUAUCUAGAUAAUAACAUCAGAGCUAACAUUCUUUUCAAAGAAAGUCGAAAACUUUAAUUCAGGCCUGAAAUGACGUAACUUACUAAAAUAGCAGCUGACAUUGGUUCGAAUUCAAUAUUUCUCGAUCCUUACUAAAACCCAUCAAGAAAUUGUUUCAGCAACCAAUCACAACCCCAAAUCACAAAUCAACAGCAAUUGAACUCACUCAGAUCUGAAUUCAUAAGAAAAGGGGAUGGCACUUACACCAGGGGACACCGAGGGCGGCGAAGUCGGACUCAAGGCCGUCGAUCCCGAAAAAACCGACCCGGGACUUGGGAUCGAAGCGGGAGAUGCAGACGAGGGAGCGAGAGUGGUACAUGAGCGAAGCGAUGAGGGCGAGGACAAAGAGGAGGAGGCCGAAGAUGACGCAGUGGAAGGAAGAGUGGGACAUCCUGGAGAUGUAAUUGGAGGCCAAGGAAGAGAGGUUGGGGGGCUUGGUCUUGGACUCGUCGGCGGAGACGAAGGAGGAAAUGGCGUGGCCUUCCGGGGAAGUAGAGGAAGAAGAGGAGGGCGGUGGGUCGUCGGAGGAGUGGGGGCCGUAGCGGCGGGAAGAGAGGACCCGCUCCAGCAUGGUCUUGGCGGCGGCGGUGGAGGAAGAAGAAGAGUGGGGAGCUUUGGGACUCAGUUGAUUAUGCUUCAGUUGGUGCAUACCUGAAUUGAUAUGAAUUGAUACUCAAAGUUGUUCUGGAUUUUAUUACAAUUAUUUAGUUAGUUUUUUAAAAAGGGAAAAUGGUAUAUUGGUAUGAACAAAAGAAUAAGGAAAAUUGAUUUUCUGGGGUGGGAAUCUUUUGAGAGAGACAGAGGAACGGAAGGUGUAAUCUGGUGGAGAUGUGAUUAAAUGGGUAAUGAUUUGCUUCCUC